CUUCCUCUGCAUCUGCUCCGAUGUCUUCUUCCUCCCCAGCAUCAUAACUGCGUUUGCCUCCACAGCAUGUGAUCCUUGUGUUUAGUUGCUCUACAGUUUCAUCAACUGCAUCUCACAGCUACUAAGAUGAAUACCAGAUUGCUUGGAACUCAUUUCCUAGCACAAACAGCUGCAAGUGCUUCAUGUCCUUUAAUCAAACUAGUUUCUUUCUAGUUCCAUUUUUCCUAUACUGGUGCAAUUCCUUUGCACAUUUCAAUGUGGGAUCCCAAAGUUGAGUCAUGCAGUGAAGACAGAGCUUCCUAUGAAGAAUCCUUCGACCGCGACGAGGUUGAUGAUCUCAAGAUGGAUGGAUUCUUUCUAAUAGAUAACUCCUGGUAUGUCACCGAUGACAACCCCAGCGAUCUGCUUAUUAGGGUGGGAGGCACCAAUUUCCAUCUGCAUCAGAAUCCUAUGGUCUCGAGGUGCGGAACGGUGAAAGGGAUCAUAGAGGAUUCUUCAGGAGGCUCGGAGUUGAGAGUGAUCGAGCUUGAUGACAUCCCCGGUGGCCCUGACGCGUUCAUGCUGGCUGCAAAGUUCUGCUACGGCUUCGCCAUCGAUCUGACGCCUUCGAACAUCGCCGGCCUACGGUGCGCGUCGGAGUACUUGGACAUGACGGAGGACCUGCAGGAGGGGAACUUGGCGGUGAAGACAGAAGCUUUCCUCAGCUACGUGGUGUUCUCGUCCUGGAAGAACGCGGUUGCGGUCCUCAAGAGCUGCGAGAGCCUGUCUCCAUGGGCUGAGAACCUGCAGAUAGUGCGGCGGUGCAGCGAGUCCAUCGCAUGGAAAGCUUGUGCCAGGCCGAAGGAGAUGAAGAGAAGCAGCUCAACGUGGAGCAGCAGCUCUGAGGAGAGAAGCCCAAGAAGCGAUCUUCUGCAAGCUCCCACACACUGGUGGUUCGAAGACGUAUCGACGCUGAGAGAUGAUCACUUUGCGAAGGUCGUGACCGCCAUGGAACUUAAAGGCAUGAGGUCGGACUUGAUCGGCGCAGCGAUCAUGAACUACGCUUCAACUUGCCUCCCCGACCUCUGCAAAAGAGCAGCAAUUAAUGCUGAUGGCAAUCCAAAUGCUCAAAGUCGAGAUCGACGGCUCAUUGUCGAGAGCCUAGUCGCCAUGAUUCCUGCUACCAAGAAUUGCGUCCCUUGUACCUUUCUGCUCCAGCUUCUUCGAACGGCGAAAACGCUGCAGGUGGAACCUGCAGCGAUCGUGGAGCUGGAGAAGCGCGUCGGAAUGCAGCUGGAGCAGGCCAACCUGCCUGACCUGCUCCUUCCUUCCGAUCGCGAGAGCGAGGCGUUGUACGAUAUCGAUCUGAUGCAAAGAUUAGUGGAGCAUUUCGUGGAUCAAGAGAGAACAGAGAUGUCAGCCUCAGAGAAGCAUGGAUAUGGAGUUUGCUCCGGUCCCAUCCGGACCAGCUCGAAGGCGAAGGUGGCCGAGCUCCUGGAUGGUUACCUAGCAGAAGUGUCAACGGACAGGAACCUGCCGCUGGCCAAGUUCAAGGUGUUGGCUCGAGCAUUGCCGGAAUCGGCGAGGACCUGUGACGAUGAUCUCUACAGAGCAGUUGAUUCAUACCUCAAGGUUCAUCCAGCGCUCGCCGCCCACGAACGCAUGCGGCUUUGCCAGGUGAUGGACUGCCGGAAGCUCUCCGUCGACGCCUGCGCGCACGCAGUGAAGAACGAGCGCCUCCCGAUCCGAUUCGCCAUCCAACUGCUCUUCUCGAAGCAGGUCACGAUGACCGACUCCAUUGCUGGCUCCUGGAUCGAAGGAGCACAUUCCAUGAUUCCUACGAAGCAGCGGCUCCUCCUCCAGAGAGAUCCACGUACCCAGUGCUCGCAGGAGGGUUCGGUGGCAGCGGCGGAGGUCAAUAAACUUAGUUUUGAGUUGGAGAACAUGAAAGCCAAGCACUCCGAGCUCCGACGGGACAUGGAUGGGUUGCACAGGGCGUUGGAGGAGAUGUCUUCGUCAUCGUCGAAGCCCACAACGCACUCAUCCGUGUGGGCUCGGGUGGGUAGAAAACUAGGCAUCCGUGUGGGACUCUCGAGUAUGUAGCAGCACACAGAGGUGACAUG